AUGUUGUCUGCUAGAACCUCCUUGAAGAACGUUGGCCGUCAAUUGCCAAAAACAUUGACUCGUGCUCAAUCCACCACCGCUGCCCCAACCGGUCCAGUUAUCGGUAUUGAUUUGGGUACCACCAACUCAGCUGUUGCUGUUAUGGAAGGUAAAACCCCAAAGAUUUUGGAAAACUCCGAAGGUGGUAGAACCACUCCAUCUAUUGUUGCCUUCACUAAAGACAAUGAAAGAUUAGUUGGUAUUCCAGCUAAACGUCAAGCUGUUGUUAACCCAAGCAACACUUUAUUUGCCACUAAGCGUUUGAUUGGUCGUCGUUUUGAAGAUGCCGAAGUUCAAAGAGAUCUCAACCAAGUCCCAUACAAGAUUGUUAAACACAACAACGGUGACGCUUGGUUGGAAGCUAAAGGUGAACAAUAUUCUCCACAACAAAUUGGUGGUUUCAUCUUGAACAAGAUGAAAGAAACUGCUGAAGCUGCUUUGCACAAGAAAGUCAACAGUGCCGUUGUCACUUGUCCAGCUUAUUUCAAUGACGCUCAAAGACAAGCUACCAAAGAUGCCGGUAAAAUUGUUGGUUUGAACGUUUUGAGAGUUAUUAACGAACCAACUGCCGCUGCUUUGGCUUACGGUUUGGAAAGAAAAGAUGGUGAAGUUGUUGCCGUCUUCGAUUUGGGUGGUGGUACUUUCGAUAUCUCCAUUUUGGAUAUUGGUGCUGGUGUCUUUGAAGUCAAAUCUACCAAUGGUGACACUCACUUGGGUGGUGAAGAUUUCGAUAUUGCUUUGGUUAGAUACAUUGUUGAAAACUUCAAGAAAGAAUCCGGUCUUGACUUGGAAAAAGACAAGAUGGCUAUUCAAAGAAUCAGAGAAGCCGCUGAAAAGGCCAAGAUUGAAUUGUCUUCUACUGUUUCUACUGAAAUUAACUUACCUUUCAUCACUGCGGAUGCUUCUGGUCCAAAACAUAUCAACCAAAAGAUCACCAGAGCUCAAUUUGAAAACUUGGUUGACCCAUUGAUCAAGAAGACUAUUGAACCAUGUAAGAAGGCUUUGAAAGAUGCUGGUUUGUCCACUUCUGAUAUUUCUGAAGUUAUCCUUGUUGGUGGAAUGUCAAGAAUGCCAAAGGUUGUUGAAACCGUCAAAUCUAUCUUUGGUAAAGAACCAUCUAAGGGUAUUAACCCAGAUGAAGCUGUUGCUAUGGGUGCUGCCAUUCAAGGUGGUAUCUUGGCUGGUGAAGUCAAGGAUGUUGUCUUGUUGGAUGUUACUCCAUUGUCUUUGGGUAUUGAAACCAUGGGUGGUGUUUUCGCUAGAUUGAUUUCUAGAAACACUACUAUCCCAGCUAAGAAAUCCCAAAUUUUCUCCACUGCUUCUGCUGGUCAAACUUCUGUUGAAAUCAGAGUCUUCCAAGGUGAAAGAGAAUUGACCAGAGACAACAAAUUGAUUGGUAACUUUACCUUGUCUGGUAUUCCACCAGCUCCAAAGGGUGUUCCACAAAUUGAAGUUACCUUUGAUAUUGAUACCGAUGGUAUUAUCAAGGUUUCUGCUCGUGAUAAGGCUUCUAACAAGGAUGCUUCUAUUACCGUUGCUGGUUCUUCUGGUUUAUCUGAUGCUGAAAUUGAAAAGAUGGUCAAUGAUGCUGAAAAAUACGCUGAAUCUGAUAAAGCCAAGAAAGAAGCCAUUGAAAAUGCCAACAGAGCUGAUCAAUUAUGUAAUGACACUGAAAACUCCUUGAACGAACACAAAGAAAAAUUGUCCAGUGAAGCUGUUGAAAAGGUCCAAAACCAAAUCCAAGAAUUGAGACAAAUUGUCUUGAAAGCUCAAGCUGGUGAAGAAGUUUCUCCAGAAGAAUUGAAACAAAAGACUGAAGAAUUGCAAAACGAAGCCAUUAACGUUUUCAAGGACUUGUACAAAGACGGUGGUGAAUCUUCUGGUGAACAACCAAAGAACUAA